AGAAAAUCUUCGCGAAAUGAACACAAUGAACACAUAAAGUUUCAAGAGGAAGUCGAUUGGUCAUUUGCGCUGUCAAAGUACUACUAAGUCCUAGCAACUACAUUGAAUUUAAACAAAAAUGGCGAAUCCAUACGCAAAUGUCCCGCUUAGUACGGGUGGCGCCUUUCCCGGCCUCGGAAUGCAGCCGGCCACACAGAGCGCGACGCAGUCUGCUUAUGCGCAGCCAGCUGCCUCGCCGUCGCAACCGCCAGCUUACAGUAGUCUGUCAGGAGGAGCCACUUCAUCGUCGCAAUACCCCGGUUAUAGUACUAGCAGCAGUGUGCCAGGAGUAGGAGUACAACAACAACCACCGCCAGGAGUACAACAGCGAUACUCAUCACAGCAAGUUCCGGGUGCACCUUCCUACCUAGGUGUACAAGGUCAACAGCAACAGCAACAACCGGUAGUACCAAGUUAUAGUCAGCAACAACCACAACAACCGAUUGCGCAGGGAUAUGCGACACCGCAAGCGGGCUAUGCGGCACAACAACCAGGUUACGCGACACCGCAAGCGGGCUAUGCGGCACAACAACCAGGUUACGCGACACCACAAGGGGGCUAUGCACCGCAGCAACCAGGAUAUGCGACACCGCAAGGGGGGGAUACAACGCCACAAGCGGGAUCAUAUGCGGCAGCACAGCAACAGCCAGGAGUGCCAGCAGCUCAGCCAGGCUUUGGGAUGCAACAGCAAAUGCAGCAACCGACUCAACAGUUUCAACAGCCAGGUCAAUACCAACAGCAGCCACAACUUGGUGUUCCGUACCAACAGCAAUACCAGAUGCAACCAGGAAUGCAACAGGGAGUGACGGGGAUGCAACAGGGAGUUCCAGGAAUGAUAAAUCCUAGUACUCCGCAACAAAUUCAACAGCAGUCCCAACAACAACCCGCAUCAUCCUCUGCAGCAAUCACUUCUACACAACAAGUAGAUCCUAAGAAAACCGAGGGGCUUUCGGCUGCUUCUCUCACCAGAGUCCAGAUGGAGAGGGUUUUAGCCCUCAAAAUGAGUCCCGAGACCGCCGUGCGCAAGAUUCAGGACUUCAUUCGGCGAAUGGCGCGGAAAAAGAGGUUCAAGGUCUUGAUUCAUCGAAGCAUCAAACGUAGAGAACGUCUGGAGGACCGUGAUAAAGUGCAAAGAAGGAUCUGGGCAAGAGAGCAAGACUUGGCGAAGAUGAAACGCUUCCUGUCGGAUCAAGAGUUUGGAGGACCGGCUGCGGUACUACCUACUAAUUGAUUGAGCUGAAUACUUGUAUGCACGACAUCGACCGUGUUUGUCUUUCGAAGAAAAACUACUCCAUCUCCAGAAUUCAGAAGCCUCGAUGCAUGAAAAGAUGCUCCACAACUUCCAGCAACAUUUGCAUAGACUUACUAAAACCCAUAUGAUGAUCUUAAUUUUUUUAUACAAGAACAGGUAAACGAGCUCGUCACCUACACGGAAGGAGAAGCCGCUGUGAAAAUCCAAGCUGUAGUCCGUGGUCAUCUAGCGAGGAAGCGCAAAGUCAGCGCAAUGACGGCUAACUUCAAGCAUCGUUUCAUCGUUAGAAUGCAACGUCUGUUUCGCAAGCGACGGGCUCGGAGGAAAGCGGCGGCUGCGGCUAGGGCUUCUGCUCUUUCACAAGAAGGAGGAGAGGGAGACAAACAAGUGACUGGUAUCAAGCCACCUGGGGCUGGUACGACUGGAGGCAUCCUGAAGAGUCCCAAACAACAGACUGCUUCCUCUUCUUCCCGACCCUCUAGUCCCCCAACUACAGGCAAGAAGCUCUCCGUCGAGGAACAGCUAAAACUAGCUCGACUCAAGUCCAUCGAUCGAGUAACUCUCCGAGAACUAGGUUCAGUCACGAAGGAGACUGCAGGACACAAGGAUGUGGAGAUUUUUCAGAGGAAUAUGGAGGUCGAGCGCAUGCGCGAAUGUGAGAACAAGGUGAAAGCGAAGCUAGACGCGUUUGAAAAGUCUCAAGUCACGCCCUACGCAGCCACAGACAUGGAGUUGGAAGACAAAGCGCAAGAAUGCUAUAGAAAUUUUGUAUUGCCAUAUUUCUCUUUGUUGAACAAGAGAGAUGCUUACUCUAAUUUUGAUCGCACUCCUCUAUAGAUGAAAAAAAAAGACAUUAUCCUAGACCUCCUUGGCUUGUAUUUGUACGAAGAACUUGUAGAGGACGAUCCACGACUCCAGAAGGUGAAAAUCCCAAGGUCUACUCUUCCAAAUACUUACCCCAUCUGACAGAACAACGAAGCCAUCCAUCGCCGCAAGAUAGCAAAGCGCUUAGCGCUCGCCAAGCUGCAGAUGCAACAGGUUGAGCAUGUGUUGCAGGACGCUAAAUUGGGCGAUCCUGUAUACGCCAAUCUGAACCUGGCACCUGGCGAAUUCAUCCCCGAAGCCUGGGAACGGCAUAAAAGACGCCACUUGGAAUGGUAUCAACAGCACGCCAGAGGACGGGCGCGACGGCUGACGAGGAAAGAGAGACUGCAGAUGGCUUUGGAGGAGGAGGUGGGAGAAGACGGGAAUAUUAUCGGACAGAAGGAGAAUACGAAACCAGUUGGUGCGAAUGCAGCUUUGCUGGAGUUGGAAAAGAUUCUUGGGUACUUGUGCGUUUUUUUAUGUUGGUAUCCAGGAGAAAAUUCUAUAAACGUUUUUAUGAAGAUCAAGAUUGUUCUAUAAACGCUUUUAUGAAGAUCAAGAUUGUUCUAUAAACGUUUUUAUGCAGUAGAUCAAGAUUGUACUGUAAACGUUUUUAUGAAGAUCAAGAUCGAACUAUAAUCUUCUACUUGAGAUCUAAAAAGCGUGAACAAUGCUCAAAUUAAGGUACGACUUCACGCCGUUUGAUCCCUCUGAUGCUAUUCGGGUACAGCAGAGGAAAAUCAGACCUGAGGACUUGCGACUGACCUCAGUUCAAGCGUCUAUGAGUUACCUUCCGCCUAGCAGUGUGGCAGCAACGACACAACAGCAAGCUAUCACUGCAUCUGGUGCGGCAGCAGCUCAGCAGCCGCAACAGCAAGCUGCUGUCCCAGCACCAGGAGCUUCUGCCCAACAACCACAGGCGGAUGCGGCAUCUUCUGUGGCAGGACAACAGCGAGCACAAGUGCCGUCAGUUGCAUUACAACAGACGGUGGCGCCAGGAUCAGCGCAGGUGCCACAAGCGCAGCAGGCGGCGUUGCAGCAACAGGCUAUGGCAGGAAUGCAGCAGCAACAAAAUAUGCUACUGCAGCAACAGCAGCAGCAGGCGAUGCUGGCUCAGCAGCAACAACAACAGGCAGCGUUAGCUCAGCAACAACAACAGCAGGCGAUGCUCGCUCAGCAGCAACAACAGGCGGCUCUUGCGGCGCAACAGCGACAGGCAAUGUUAAUGCAACAACAGCAACAGCAAGCGAUGCUUAUGCAGCAGCAGCAGCAGCAGCAAUCGAUGAUGCAACAGCCAAGCGGCAUGCCAUUGCCGUCUCAACAGCCUGGGCUCAGUGCAGAGCAAUAUGUGAGAAUUCAGGGUGACAUAUCGCCUGGAAAACGCAUGAUUCCUGGUUGA